ACCGUAGUGCAGUGCCAUUAAUGAAGUCAACUCGACGAUCAAUACGAGUGACCUCGAUGGAUGCCCUAAUGAAAUUAUAUUGCACCGUACCUGCCGACACUUGCUGCUCGCACACACUGACACUGACUGGAGCAGCGGCAGCACGGCAGCACCGCCGAUGAAGCCCUUCUCGCGGAGCCUCCAGCGAGAUCUGGACGCCGCGGCCGCCGCCGACGACGACGAUGGCAAGCACCACUCCGCCGACGACAAGCAGAACCCCGAGAGGGGCGCACGGCGGCCGUCCCGGCUCUUCUACCUCGCGCUCCUCUACGUCGUCUUCUGGGCGCUGGUAUUCUACCACCACUUCUCCACCAGCGUGCAGCAGUCAGUCAGCGCGGCGGUGGCAGCGCCCGCCGUGCUCCAGCUCAGGCCGGCGGCCUUCUUCUCGGUGCCCCGCAUCUUCCGCCGCGACCCGUGCGCCGGCCGGUACGUGUACAUGUACGACCUGCCGCCGCGGUUCAACGCCGACCUCGUCCGCGAGUGCCGCCGGAUCUCGGGCUCCACCGACGUGUGCAAGGACGUGGCCAACGACGGGUUCGGCCCGAACAUCACGGGCGGCGGCGAGGGCGGGUCGCUCCCGGAGAGCGGGGCCUACGACACCGACCAGUACAUGCUCGGCCUCAUCUUCCACGCCCGGAUGCGGCGGCACGAGUGCCUCACCGCCGACCCCGCCGCGGCCGCCGUGGUGUACGUCCCGUUCUACGCCGGGCUCGACUCGGCGAUGCACCUCGGGAGCAAAGACCUCGCGGCGCGGGACGCCCUGUCGCGGGACGUGGUGGACUGGCUGGCGCGGCGGCCAGAGUGGCGCGCCAUGGGCGGGCGCGACCAUUUCCUGGUGUCCGGGCGGGGCACGUGGGACUUCAUCGUCAGCCCGGACGCCGUCGGCUGGGGAAACGCGCUCAUGACCUUCCCGGCCAUCCUCAACGCCACGUUCCUCACCACCGAAGCCAGCCCAUGGCACGGCAACGACUUCGCCGUGCCGUUCCCGUCGCACUUCCACCCGUCGUCCGACGCCGAGGUGGUCGGCUGGCAGGACCGCGUGCACCAGAUGGACCGCCCGUUUCUCUGGGGCUUCGCCGGCGGGGCCCGCGGCGGCAGCCAGCGCACGGUGCGCGCCCAGAUCAUGGAGCAGUGCGGCAGGUCGAGCCGGUGCGCGCUGCUCGGCGUGCCGGCGCCGGGGCACUACGCGCCGGGCCGCGCCAUGCGGCUGCUGGAGAGCGCCGAGUUCUGCGUGCAGCCGCGCGGCGACGGGUACACGCGCAAGUCCACCUUCGACACCAUCCUCGCCGGCUGCAUCCCGGUCUUCUUCCACCCCAUCUCCGCCUACCUCCAGUACAUCUGGCACCUGCCCAGGGACCACCGGAGCUACUCGGUGUUCAUCCCGCACGGCGACGUGGUCGAGCGGAACGCCAGCAUCGAGGAGGUGCUGAGCAGGAUACCGCCGGCGAAGGUGGCGCAGAUGCGGGAGCGGGUCAUCCGGCUCAUCCCCACCGUGCUGUACCGGCACCCGGCGGCCAAGGGCGUGACGUUCAAGGACGCGUUCGACGUCGCCCUCGAGCGCGUCAUCGACCGGGUGGCGAAGCGCCGGCGCGCCGCCGCCGAGGGACGGGAGUACGUGGACAGCGUCGACGGAAAAUAUAGCUGGAAGUACGACCUGGCACAAGAUAGGGAGAAAAUGUUGGCCCCGCACGAGUUCGAUCCAUAUAUCAACACGUAACUGCAGAUUUGCUUAUG